ACGACAACCUUCCAUCUCAUUCUCGUCCACUCUCUCGGUCUUACUUCUUGCAUCCUUCUACCCAUUACUUGCUUAGGUAUUCUCUCUUCUUCCAUUCUAAUCACAUGACCAACCCAUCAUAAACACUGGAAUCUGAUGAACUCCAGAUAAGAAUGACGGGUCCUUAUAAACACGAUACAAUUCAUAGCUGUAUCUUGAUCUCCAUAUAUUAUUUUUUUGCACUGGCUCUACUAUUGGAAAUGUAGUGGUCAAUGCGAAAUGUGCUUUAUUGGCCAGAAUGGGUCUCCUAACUUUUUAUGCACCCAGUCUUAAUAAUUGCAUCUCAAGGUAUGCAAAAAGUUCUAUGUUGUCCAUUGUUGUGGUAUUGAUAUUGCUAUUUUGAUACUCUUGUUUUUUCCGUGUUGAUAUUGAGCCUGACUGUUUUAGUAUUACUUUUCAGUUUUUCAUAUCUCAGGUUAAACAGGGUGGGUACCAGCAGUAAUUGAUUUAAUGUUUGUAAAUAAUCCUUAUUAUGACUUCAUGGUUUACACAUUUUUGAAAUGAUUAUCUAUUUUUUUUUUCUGUUAAGUCCUGAAGGUCGAAGAUUUCGUCUUCGCAGCGAAAUAAAAAAUUACAUCGAAGAACAUCCCGAAUUAAAUCUAAAAGAAAAAAUGUUCGAUUUUUCGAUUUCAAGACGUCCAACGAAACGUUCAAGAAACGAAUCCAGGCGCUCCACAACAUCUCGCGUAACUAGUGAACCCGUCGUAGUUCAAGAACCCGCAGAGACCACUACAAACGUUGAAGAAGAACCCGCUCAAGAUAAUUUAAACAGUUUAAAAAUCCCUCUAAUUGAUAAUUCUUAUAAAUGUCCCAUAGAGGGGUGUGGGAAAAAUUUUCGGCGCGAAAAUUUAGCUCAAAUGCACGUUAAACAUUAUCAUCCAGAAUACACAAAGUAUUUAGAUUCAACGCCAAAUGUAGCCGAUUUGGCCUACGCAAGAACGGUUGGCGAAUCUUUAGACAGAUCUCCAGGCCCAGAAAAACAACAAAGAUUAUCAACAAAUACUAAAUCAACCUCAAAACUAACUCCAAAAAUAACUCAAAAAGAACCAAAUUCCGUCUUAGAAGCGAGCCAUUCUGAAAUAAUAAAGUUAUUAAGUUCAAAAUCGGAUAGUAACAAAAAAGAUGAACCAACUUCGCCGAUUUUGCCAUCUGGUUUGCCUCCAAGCAUGUAUCCUGAUAUAAAAUUAAAAGAUUUAUUAACUAAAUCAGAAGCGAUCCCAAAACGGGAUGAUAUCAAUAUGAAAGCUUUAAUUUCAAGCACUCAAAGACCGAGCUUAAAAAUUAAAGAAGAAAUUGAUACCGAUUCCCCAAAAAGUAGUUCAAAUAAACACAACCAAAAAAGAAAGCGAAUCGCAUCCGAAUCAAUUGAAAUAAAACAAGAAAUUAAACAAGAAGUUUUAGAUCCCGCAAUCGAUUUACCCCCAACCCAACCCCCCAUAAAUAACGUUAUCAUUGAAGGCGGCGAAGUAAUAAAAAUUGUUCAAAUGAAACGAGAGGAAAUUAUAAAUUGUACUUGUGGGAUUACUGAAGAGGAUGGUUUGAUGAUUCAAUGCGAAUUAUGUUUAUGUUGGCAACACGCUUAUUGCAACAACAUACAAAGAGAGAGUCAAGUUCCUGAUAAAUAUAUUUGUUAUAUUUGCCAAAAUCCCAUUAGACAGAGAAGUUCAAAAAAAUAUUUUCACGAUCAAGAUUGGUUAAAACAUGGCACUUUACCAGUUGGAUCUUUUCAUUGUAAAGAUGAAUCAAUAUUGAAAGAGAGAUUUGAAAAAUUAAAGAAAACUCAUGAUUUAAGUGGGGGAUUAUUGGAAUUAAAGGAUUAUUUACAUACUUUGAAAGUUAAAAUUAAAAUUGCUGAAGCUAAAAACCAUCCGAAAUUAUAUUUAUGGUCAAAACCAUGGGAGAAACUCCCAUUACCUGAAAAAACUGAAGAAGAAGCAUCUAACAUAAAACCGGAUGAUUCCAUGUUAUUAACUUUAUUAAAAAAUAAAGACAGUCAAAGCUCAUCAGAAUCAACCGAAUUCCCAAAAUUAGAUUUAAACACUUUUAUGGGAAACAAUUUGGAGAAUAUACAAUUACAAACGCCAAGAAUACCACAACCAGAAGCGGCGAUUGAUUCAGCUGAUUGUCGAUUAAACUUAUUGGAACAUAUCUCACACAGUCAAUCCUUGGUUGAAGAGAGAUUAAUGGAAUUUGAAGACCAAAUUGACAAAUUGGACACGUUUUUGGAUAUGGACGAAAACGACAUCGAUUUCGACCCAAAAGUUCGACAAACCACUCAAAUGUUAAUGCGAGAUUUGAACGUUCUGAAAGAACUUUCUCAAAUGAACACGUUUUAGUUUAUUUUUGAAUAAUCUUUGUUUGUAUUAUAGUUACCUGUAUUCUUUGCGGCUAAGUUUGCGAAUAAAAGGAAUAUUUAAGAUAAAGGUUAAAUAAAGAAUGUUUUUGAAGUUA